UGUCUGUGCAAUCGGCUCUCCCAUGCAAGGAAAGUCUCCACCGCGUCCAUGGAAGCCACCCCAGAUCUGCGCGCACCGUCUCUCUCGCCCUCGCCCCGUCUCUCUUGCUGCCCAGUCGCGUCCACUCUCCCAUGGAAGGAGAAUCCAAGGAAGCCACCCCGGAUCAAAGCGCCCCAGCCUCCAUGGAAGCCGUUCCGGAUCUGCGCGCCCCACCUUCCAACUGCGCCCCGCGUUCGUGCCAUCCAUGGGAGCCGCCCUGAUCUGCGCGUCCCACCUUCCAACUGCGCGUAGAUCCCUCCAUGGAAGCCGCUGAUUUCCUCGACCCAACUACACGCAGAUCCCUCCAUGGAAGCCGCUGAGUUCCGCUCGAAUCGGGGAGUUGCAUGCCCCGCCCAAACCACCACGCACAAAACUACCAUCCAACAAAUCAGGAGGUGAUUUCUAACUGAAUCUUGAAUCUAUCACGCCACGUGCGUCCUUUGAUGCGGGCUCAGUUAGGCCGAUGCCGCCAUUCACUGCUGUCGGUUAUCGUGUUUCUGGAGCUGACAAAUACCGCAGUGUUGAUCGAAUACAAGCCUUAUCUGUCAGCAGUGUGCCGCAGAUCAUCUUCCAAGCCAAAUCCAUCAUUAGUUCCAGAGAAACGUCCAUGGUCCCCUCGCUGCCCCCAUCCUCCAGGUGCUAGCUAUGGUCCUCAGACUCAUAUAGAUCGUCAAUGCGAUCCAUAUACCGAUGAAUCCAUUAUGCGUAGAAAGGUACAGCAGGCACGGUAUCGACAUAGACACAACAACAACCUGAAGUUUCUCAUUCUGGUUCAUUUUCAUUGUUGGGAAGAGUUUUAGAGCUGAAACCUGACUUUUUCUAUCAGAAUGGGAGAUGUGAAAAGAGUUUACCAUGGAGUAAGCAGAGUAUCUGUAGUCUGACGCUCCAAAGUUGAUGCCAUCAAACAUGAAGGCCAGGGAAUUGAUGGUCUGCGUGCCAGUGACAAACUGAAUCAAGAUAAAAGUUGUCUAAUUCAGUGUCUGAAUCUUGUGAAAUGCUUGCAUAUGGAGCGGCGUUGUUUCGAUAGCCAGGCCAGGCUAGGCCACAUCCUUAGUGGGAUGCCUCUGUGAAUGACUUGGAUCAUGAGCACGUCACUUGUGAAAAUGCCAGCCCCGAACCUCAUAGCAAGUCCCAGCACGACCGUGAGACCCAUGCCCAGGACAAUGCUGAGCUGCAAGGCGAACAAGACCACUAGCACGCAUGACACCUGGUUGCUGUUGCAGGAAAAGGGUUGACAAGGACCUGAUACACACUGUUGUCCUAUUGUUGUGAGUUUACCUGCAACACACGAGAUGUCGCGGCAGUGACCUUCUUGUUGUCGUUCUUAGCGAACGCGCUUGCAAGCACCGCCUGCAGUUAGUCAACGACACCAGGAUUCAAUUCAUGUUAUUUUUAGGACCUACCACAAUAGCAUCCUAGACAUUAGACAAAUCAGCAUUGGUAAAAAAAUUUCAUGGUUAGAAAUGCAGUUAGACAAAGGUAGCAGCAUAUUGUUAAGCUAUCAUAUUGGGUUUUUACUCCCGUCGCAUCGCACGAGCACUCAUCUAUAAAUCAUCUAAGUUUCCAAUGGAGGCCGUGUAUAUGGACAUUGUUAAGCACCAAGUUGACCAUCGGACGUCUGUGGUGGUGACGCGGGUGCGCGCGCGUACGUAGAAUCAGCUAAGGUUUUAGAUUUCUAACGGGAUUUGUUAUUAAAACAUGCAAAAUUAACUUGAGAACCAAUUGAACUUCUACAGUCGAUUCAAUCAAAUCUACUUACCAAUUUUACCUU